AUGAUGACUGAAAUUUCAAUCACAGCCGACCAACCAAAGUUUCCACCUCGUAUAUCUGCACAGCACCAACAGGGUCAGAUUGCACUCUGUUUACCAUUUUUCAACAGGGAAAACUCUUCUACUCCAGCGCCACGCCACUCGGACUUGGCACUCCUUCUGACGUAUCGCCUUAUUCUAUUCUGAGCCUUGUUCUUUCUUGAAGAGAUAAACAAACCACACGGUUUUUCGGCACACUGGUUGCUUCUCUUCGACAGUCGCCUUAUCAUGCCCCGUGUCCACCUCGAGCUUGAGGUUGCAAGUUUAAGAGUCUCCAACUGGUGCCUGAUAUUUUGGACCUAUUCACCGCGCAUCACCACUAACUGCACUUGUGUAUACGGCCAGUGUGAACCAACUGGUUGUGGGAAUGAAGACGAGGGUGGUCUGCACUUAGACACACUGUCCAUUUGCCAUUCGUUCGGCUUCCAAUACUUAGCUUAUGUGGACGCAGCGUCCCAGUGUCGUGUACACUUGAACGGGCUCCAAGCAGCAUCUUCAUCUGUCCACCGAUUGGCCGCCACCCUCAUAGGUCAUCUUGAAUCCAACUUUCAAGUAUGCUUUGCGGAUAAUUUAUUCAUAUCAUUCGUCGCUCAAUCUCACCUACCUCUUGGGAUUUUGGGGCGAAAUUGGAGCAAAAUUAAAAAUACUUCUCUUAUCAGUGGUGUUGGCAAGGCGGCCUUUUUAACUUUUAAAUAA